UGGCAGCACAAACCUUACAUUAGAUGCAUGUCAUUUUAUUCAUAUUAAUGAUUUAUCAAAAUUUAAGUGCUGUAUCUUGUUGUUAGUAACAUUAAGAUAGUUCUUAAUUUUAAUAUUCUUUUAAGCAGAAUAACAUGGGAGACUCAACUUACGAUCGUGCUAUAACUGUAUUUUCACCUGAUGGUCAUUUAUUUCAGGUUGAAUAUGCGCAAGAAGCAGUGAAAAAAGGAUCUACAGCGGUUGGUGUUCGAGGGAACACAAUUGUUGUUUUAGCAGUUGAAAAAAAAUCUGUUGCAAAACUCCAAGAGGAACGAACAGUCAGGAAAAUUUGUUUGCUUGAUGAUCAUGUUGUAAUGACAUUUGCUGGUUUAACUGCAGAUGCAAGGAUAUUAAUAGACAGGGCAAGAGUGGAAUGUCAAAGUCACAAGCUGACAGUGGAAGAUCCAGUAACAUUAGAAUAUAUUACACGUCACAUAGCUCAGUUGAAACAGCGUUACACACAAAGUAAUGGUAGACGACCCUUUGGAAUAUCUGCACUGAUUGCUGGUUUUGAUUAUGACAACACACCUCAUCUUUUUCAGUCUGAUCCCUCGGGUGUUUACCAUGAGUGGAAGGCUAAUGCAACUGGUCGAAAUGCUAAAACUGUUAGGGAGUACUUAGAGAAGAACUACAAUGAGGAAGUAGCAAAGUCUGAUGAAGCAACAAUAAAGCUUGCUAUAAAAUCAUUGUUAGAAGUAGUGCAAGGAAAGAAUGUUGAGGUGGCUAUCAUGAGAAGGGGGCAAUCCCUAAAGAUGCUCGACUCUGAAGACAUAGAAAAGUACACUGCAGAAAUAGAAAAGGAAAAGGAGGAAGAGGCUGAGAAGAAGAAACAAAAGAAAUGAUCAGAACAUUCAGUUGUUUCUUUCUAAAACUUAGUAGUUAAUUUACCACUAUGACAGAUAUUUGAAAUAAAAUGAGAUUUUUGCGACUGGCAAAAAAAACUGAUAA